AAGAAUGCAAUUUUAUCCUUCGACUUUUGGGAUUUUGCUGGGGUUUUAGCAUCCUUCUCGCCUUCGCACUAGAAAUGGUUGCCCUUCUUUCUCCAUGAAAAUCCUCUUCCCUCUUUAAACCAUUUUCUCUGUUCAUGGCUCUAUACAGCGCCUCAUUCCUCAAGAACACCAACUUCUUCUGCAAGUUCUCACCUCCCACACCUCGAGAUUGCUUUCUCCGCGAGAAUUCAUCCGCAAAAAGCUCGCACCAAUCGAUUUCAUUCAUCAAAAUCCAGUCUUGGAGGCAUCAUGCUAUUCGCCGGGGUGGAUUCCUGCCAGUUUGCGCUGGCCGUCUUCGGCGAUCAUCGAGGCGGCGGAACUCGCUUCGGGAGAAGCUCAUCAGUUCAGGACAAGCCCAGGUGCGUGAAUUGUCUGAAAUCCCGAUCCUUGAUUCCAACUCGCAUAGCUCUGAUCACACAAUUGUUGGAACAAAUUCCAUGGGUUUGAGUUCUGAUUUUGAUGAUACAAGUGAAAGAGUUGUUGAAUCCAUAGGCAUCAGCUCUAAAAAUGUUGAAUUUUCCGGAAGUGAUUCUGCUCUUUGGGAUAGAUUAGAGAAUUGGGUGGAAUUAUACAAGAAGGAUUCGGAGUUUUGGGGGAUUGGUUCAGGUUCAAUUUUUACUGUUUACCAGGAUUACGAAGGCAAUGUCUUGCGGGUUUCAAUCAAUGAGGAUGAGAUCAGUAGAAGGGACCAGGUUCAGGCAUGGUCUUUUGAAGAGAAAGAAGGAGUGAAAAAGUUUUCGGAUUUGAAGUCGAAGAUAGCUCAUGCUAAGUUCAUUGCAAAAGAGAUUGAAAGUGGUGCAUAUCGUAUUCCAAAGAAUAGUUCCAUUGCUAAGUUUAUAGUUGCAGGGAAACAGACAUCUUCGAUUGAUGGGAUUCGCUCCGUUCCCCUUCAGGUCAAGCCCCUUUUGAAGCUCUUCCCUCGGGUUGGACUCACAGUUCUUUGUUGUUCUUCUGUUCUGUGGGUUGUGACUACGUUUUUUGUUAAGAAGAUUGAAAACGUGGAACUGUCUUCUAAGGAGAUUGAGAUGUUGAGGAGAAAGAAGAAAGCGAGGAUGGAGGAGGAAGUAAAGAAGAGCAAUGUAGAAGUUCUUCAGGAUGUUCAAAAGUUGCCCGUUGGUCCAUUUGAUAAAAGGCCACAGUUGGAUAGGGGUGAAUUGAGGCAGAACAUCAUGCAAGCCAAGAAAUUGAGAGAGAAUGUCACCUUAUCAGCAUCAUCUAGUGAUUUUGGUGUUCUAGAUCCAGAAUUUGACAGGAAAGUUAGGGAGAUUCAAGAAAUGGCAAAGCAGGCUCGAGAAGUGGAAAGACAAGAGCAUGCUCAGUUUGAUGAGAAAGGUGAUGGAGAUGGCAUAUCUGUUAUUCCAGGAGUCAGCAAAGGGCUGAAUGGAUCUAGAAUUGCUUCAGCUGAAAUUAAAUCAAGAGAUGAAGCACAUAAAGGUCCUCCAACCAGCACCUGUUCAUUAAUAGACGGUGCAAAGAAUAAGAGCAUGCCAGCACCUUUGGACAGGAAGGAAGUGUUGGUAGAACACAAUUUGAGAUCUAUUGAAAAUGCUCCUGCUACAUCAGGAAUUGCAAAAUCUUCAAAAGAAAUUACAGACAAUAUAAAUGCCGAAAAGACUGCUCUUGGUGUAAAUAAGACUUUGAGUGAGGAAGUUUUCAGGAAUAAAGAAAUUGAACAGAACAAGAUGGAGAGUCACAUUUUGUCAGACAGAGCAACCAACAGCGUACCAACUGAUGCUUUUAGUGGAGUUCUUGGUAGAAACAAACCAAAAAUCAUAAGUUCAGUCAUGGAAGCUAGGAAAUAUCUUGCCAAAAAACGUACAAGCACAGUAAAUAAUAUGCAAGCUGACCAAGUUUUUCAAGUGAAGAGGGUACCAGGAGUUACUGAUGUUGAAAAUGGCGCUCACGCUAACACACCUAAUGAAGAGAAAAUUCAGAACCAAAGUUUUAGUGCCAAAGUGGCUGACUUCUCACACAUGAAUAAACCGCCUGACAAUUCAUGUGCAAAUGCUGUUGUUGAAAUGAGACAUAUUGAUAAUGUUGCAAAAUCUAAAUUAAAUGAAGGCUCCAUUGGAUUUACCAAGUUACCUGAUAGUAUUGAUGGUUUUAGGAUGACACAAGAAAAGUAUUUGAACAACCAUGAUGAAAUCCAAGAUGAUAAAUCAGGAGAAAUCUUGAGUUUUAAUGGAUCUUUGCGAAAGGAUAAUGCUGAAAACACCAAUCCUCUGGCCAAUUCUAGAGAUUUGGGAUUUGAAAAGUUGAAUAAUGAGCAUAAAGUUACAAAUAAAAUUGCAACGGUUUGUUCCAAUUGCACUUCUGAUGGCACUCACACUUCAGAAUCUCAUAAGAUUUCUUUGGGCGAAUCUUGUUUGAAUGUUGGUUUCCCCAGUGCAGAGUCUUACAAUAAUGAUGGUCAGUCUCCUUCACAGGAAUUCAAUAAUGCCAAAGAUAACAAUGAUUCAAUGGCAGGAUCAAACUUUGAAAAGCAUAAACAUGAUAUUUAUGCUUCUGACAUUAGAACUGAUGACACAGUCAGCACUGAUGGAUCCAGUGUCACUGAUGCUCAAAAGGUCAGUAUGAAGAAUAAGACAACUGAACUUUACGAUGGACAGAUUGUCCCUGAUGUUAAAUUAGAUGAUCCUAGUGUUGGGAACCCAUUUUCCGGUAAUGGCUCAUUUGAUUAUUCCAACGUUGCUCAUGACCUAGGAGAUCUUUCUAGGUCCAAAACAAGCUUCAUCCAGGAUUCUGUCAGGGUCAACUGUGAUACUGAGGCAAAACCCGCCAUAGAUGAAAAAACAUGGCUUGAAAAAAAUUUUCAUGAAUUUGAUCCUAUAGUCAAGAAGAUUGGAGUUGGUUUUAGAGAAAACUACAUGAUGGCAAAGGAGAAGACACAAGAUAUGCCCUGUUUAAGUGCUGAGAUUAGUGAGCUUGGGUUAACAGAAGGUGAUGAGGAACUUGAAUGGAUGAAUGAUGAGAAACUUCGGGACAUUGUGUUCCGAGUUCGUGAAAACGAAUUGUCCGGGCAUGAUCCCUUUCACUUGAUGGAUGCUAAUGAUAAGCAAGCCUUCUUUGAGGGUCUUGAACGUAAAGCUGAGAAGGUGAAUAAAAAGUUGGUGGGUUUGCAUGAGUGGAUCCAUUCAAGGGUUGAAAAUCUUGACUAUGGAGCAGAUGGUAUCAGCUUGGAUGACCCACCUGAAAAAAUAAUUCCUCGAUGGAAAGGUCCAUCAUUUGAUAAAACUCCUGAAGUUUUGAACAAUUCAGCACUAAAAAGGAGCACAUUCCUUGCUGGAAAAGUGGGUGCCUCUGAAGCUCUUGAGGAUACUUCAGCCAGUAGUCUUCAACAACAGAAAACAUUGAACUCUAGUAAUUCUCCUCUCUCUCCAGGAAAUGGUGGAAAUUACAAGGCACGAACACUAAUAGAAAGCAGUGACGGUUCUAGCAGAAUAGGCAGAAAAGAGGGGAAAGAGCAUUGGGAGCACACAAAAAAGUGGUCUCAAGAUUUCCUAGAUGUUUAUAAUUCACAGACUGAUCCAGAGAUAAAAUCUAUUAUGAGAGAUAUGGGUAAAGAUCUUGACAGAUGGCUUACAGAAAAAGACAGACAGGAUGUAGCUGAUUUGGUUAGAAGAUUAUCUAAUAGGAAGCGCAAAUUUAUUGAAAAGAAAAUAGAUAAGCUUAAAAGAGAAAUGCAAAUGUUUGGGCCUCAAGCAGUUGUAAGCAAGUACAGAGAAUAUUCUGAUGAAAAAGAAGAAGAUAACUUGUGGUGGUUAGAUCUUCGUUCUGUACUGUGCAUUGAACUUUACACAGUUGAAGAUGGUGGUAAUCCAAGAGUGGGAUUUUAUUCAUUGGAGAUGGCUGCGGAUCUGGAAUUGGACCCCAAGCAAUAUCAUGUCAUUGCUUUUGAGGAUCCAGGAGAUGCAAAGAAUUUCUGCUACAUUAUACAGGCUCACAUGGAUAUGCUUGGAAGUGGCAAAGCUUUUGUUAUAGCCAGACCUCCAAAGGAUGCAUUCCGGGAUGCGAAGGCUGACGGGUUUAAUGUUACUGUGAUUCGGAAAGGGGAAAUAAAACUUAAUGUUGACCAAACAUUGGAAGAAGUAGAAGAGGAAAUAACUGAGAUUGGAAGCAAAUUUUACCAUGACAAGAUCAUGCGUGAACGUGGAGUUGAUAUUCGCUCAUUACUGAAAGGUGUGAUCAAUGCCGAAAAAUCUAGCAAGAGGUCUAAAAAGGUGUUAAAAAAGCCAACAAAGAACUAAUGGCCUACUCAGAGUGAGAAAGAAUCCAUGAGCUAUAUUUUCAUUCUUCUUGGUCUCUGUAGCUGUGUUAUAGGUUGAUUUUUGGUUAUUCCUUUGGUUCAUGUGAUUUCAUGCCCGAGGAAACGGUGAACUGCGACUGAAUUUUAUUACCACAUGGAUUCUUGCUUUCCCUGCUCGAGUGAAUAUGUUGCUGGAGUCAAUUGAAGAUCGUAUUGGUGAUUAGGCAUGAUUCUUUUCUGUUUGGAGAAAAAAAUCAGGGUUGAAGCAAUUUCUUGUGUUUGGAUUGUGGGGAUUCUGCAAAAGAAAUAAAAACUACUGGGAGAAGUUUGUUUAGGAGAAGGGUGAAAAUUUAAUAUUUACACGGAAGAUACAAUACUAAUUAUUUGGUUC